CACCUCCACUGUAUCGAUGGUCCUGCAGGUGGGGUGGGGUGGAGUGGGGUGGGGUGGGGUAUCAGUGUGCACAAAAGGUCGUAGGGGGCGUGUCACCAGCACGUGGUCUAUAAAGCAGCACGAAUAUGCAUCAUGUGAGACUCUGUAGGAACCCCACGUUCAUUGACAUCACUAAAUUCGGACUGUUAUUUUGAAACUUUUGUCAUUCGGAUUCCCCAUGAGGCGUCACGUGGACACUCUGCUAUGCGCGCUCUCGCUUGCGGUGGUGGUGUGCGCGCACGUGCGACUCAACUCCAUCCGGACGGUAAUCGUGCACGAGGUCCCUGGGGAGCUGACGCUUCGCCAGUGCAUAAGCGACCUGGAGUGCAGCGAGGGAAGCUACUGCCACGCCCCCUCAAAAGGCCCCACCCACUCCCGCUGCCAGACCUGCAGGAGGAGGAAGAGGCGUUGCCAUCGAGACGGGAUGUGUUGUCCUGGCAACCGCUGCAGCAACAGUACGACGGGGUGACGCACGUUAACAUUGUGUUGUUGAGGUGUGUCACAUUAACGGUGUCUCAUGCAGGUGCGUGCGUGCCUAAAGGUGACACAAUAGCCAGCGAUGGGAUGGUUCUGGACAAGCGUGACAUGACCGCCUGGAUGAAAAAAUACAGGACGGUGUCUGGUAAAGGUCAAGCGGGCGACCCGUGCCUCGUCGCGUCCGACUGUUCUGACAGUCUGUGCUGCGCUCGCCACCUCUGGACGCGCUUCUGCAAGCCGGUCUUACGGGAGGGUCAGGUGUGUUCCCGCCGCGGCAGGAAAAAGCGGCAGCGCGACCUGGAGCUCUUCCAGCGCUGCUCCUGCGGGCGUGGACUCGCCUGCCACACCGGAGAUGACACCGCCCCAUCCUCGUCCACGCUGCUGAUGACGGCAAAGUCCAAGUUUGCGGCACAUUCCCCCGUUGCGCCGCAGGCCAGACUGCACGUGUGCCGCAGGAAGUGAUGUCAUUAGACCGUCACUUCCUGUUUGUCACUGGAAAUGGGAAUUGAUGUUAAUAUUUGCUACCUUUAACAGAGCUUAUGCUAAU